AUGAUUUGCCAAGACUUAGUCUGUCAUUAUGGGAGAAAAUCAUCAAAAGCCAGUUGUUUGAAUAAGCUAGAUUUACAAAAGGCUUAUGAUACUAUUGAAUGGAGCUUUAUAGAAGAAAUGUUGUAUGGUUUCCAUUUUCCUGAGCACUUUAUUCAGCUGGUCAUGACAUGUAUUAGAACACCACGGUUUUCACUCAUGCUCAAUGGUUCGCUGCAUGGUUAUUUUGAAGCCAAAAGAGGGUUGCGACAAGGGGACCCGAUGUCACCUCUUAUUUUUGUACUGGGAAUGGAGUACCUCACUAGAAUAAUGAAAAGAGUUGGCCAGAAAUCUGACUUUAUCUUUCAUAACAGGUGCAAAGAGCUGAAGUUAAAUCAUCUUAUUUUCGCAGAUGAUGUCUUACUGUUUUGCAAUGGUGAUUACAAGAGUAUCUAUUAUCUACUACAAGGCCUCACGUUAUUUUUGCAAACAUCAGGAUUGCAGCCUAAUGCUUCGAAGUCUGCAAUAUAUUGCAGUGGGAUGAAUUCUAAUGAGGUCCAACGCAUUUUGGAAGCUUCGGGCUUUAGGAAAAGUGAUGUCCCGUUCAGCUAUUUAGGUGUCCCCAUCUGUGCUAAGCGUAUAUCUGCUAAGGAAUGUAGCUUGUUGGUGGAUACAAUGACCAAUAGGAUCAGGUCUUGGAGUAUAAGGAACAUCUCAUUUGCAGGUCGGGCAGUCUUGAUUAACUUUGUUCUCCUUGCAAUUCAUUCUUAUUGGAGUCAAAUUAUGUUACUGCCCAAGAAGUUGAUAAAAGAAAUUAAGGCCAUAUGUAGAGCCUUCUUGUGGAAUGGUCAACAUAUGAUGGCUGGAGUAGGGCAAAUUGCUUGGGACAGCAUAUGUAAGCCUAAAGCAGCAGGAGGUAUAGGCUUCAAGAAUAUUUCUGAAUGGAACAAAGCAGCCAUGUUCAAGUAUGUAUGGGCUGUAGCGGCUAAAGAAGAUAAUUUGUGGGUUGUAGCAAUUAAAGACAAAGUGAAGUCUCUUGUGGACUUAGCUCUGUUUACUCAAGGAAGAUAUAAGAUUGCAGAGGGAUACAAGCUUCUAUGUCCAGUACAUGAUCGGGUCACUUGGAGCAAGGAAGUUUGGGGGAGAUUGAAUACCCCAAAGCAUAGUUUCAACCUAUGGCUUGCUAUCCAAGACAGGUUGAAAACUAAAGCAAGGUUGUAUCGGUUUAAUGUCCUUCCUGAAGCUAGAUGUCAGUUUUGCACAGUGGAAGAUGAAACAUCUGCUCACUUAUUCUUUGAAUGUCCAUUUUCUAGUGAGUGUCUCCAACAGAUUAAGAGCUGGGUUCACUGGGAGAUAUCUUCAUGCCAGCUACCUAGCAUUAUGAGGUUGAUUGGAAGAAUGAAGGCAACAAAGUUCAGGAAAAUGGUUCUUUCAGCCAUUAUUGCUGCACUGGUGUAUCACUUAUGGAGAGCCAGAAAUGAAAGAAUUUGGCUAUCCUCCCUUGACAAUCCAAAAAGCAUUGUACAGAAGAUUAAAGCAGCUAAUCAAAGAAGUUUUCUUUCAGGCCCCUUUAGUGGGUGCUGUUUGUUUGUAAAUGGAUGUUGGAGUAAUGAAAUUCACUGCUGA